AUGGCCACUGCAGAUGAGACUAUUACACCUGAGUUCGUUGACGACAACGGGUCAGUGGCGGGAGACUCUGCGCUAGGCGAUGAUGAGAUCGGAUCAGACACCACAUCCAUCAAAUCGUGGAUCAAAGACUAUCGAACAGAGAAUGGCCGCAGAUACAACGCGUUCGGUGAUCAGGACUACUGGGCUCCCAACGACGACACAGCGCAAGAACACUACGAUCUCGGUCACGAGUUGUUCAACAGAACUUUCAAUGGCAAGCUCUGUACAGCACCAAUCGAAAAUCCCAUGAACGUGCUCGAUAUCGGCACCGGGACAGGAAUAUGGGCUAUGGACUUCGCCGAGCAACAUCCCGACGCUCAUGUCGUCGGCACAGAUAUAAGUCCCAUCCAGCCAGCCUGGGUUCCACCAAACUGUGAGUUUCAAAUCGACGAUGCUGAACAAGACUGGACUUUUCCCGAAAAUCAUUUUGACUACAUCCACGUCCGCACGCUCUACGGUGGCAUAUCUCACUGGCCUGCUUUUUACGCGCGAUGUCUGAAACAUCUAAAGCCAGGCGGUUACAUCGAACAAGCCGAGUAUGCCGCAAAGUGGACGUGUGACGACGGAACCGUAUCCAAGGAAUCACCGAUAGGCAGGUGUGAAUCUCUUUCUCACGAUAGUUAUGCAAAACUCAACAGACCGGAAGGAGACCUAAACAUUUACGAGACCAUGGCGCGGCGACUGCGCGAGGCAGGAUUUGUUGAUAUUGUAGAGACGAAAUACAAAUGGCCUGUUGGAACGUGGCCAAAAGACAAAGGGAUGAAGGAGUUAGGUGCAUGGGUGAGAGCGUAUAUGGAUAUCGGUCUCGAAGGGUAUAUGAUGCGCCUGCUUACAACAAUGUUGGGUUGGACAGCCCAGGAAGUCUACGUAUUUUGCUCGGACAUGAGGGCUCAGAUGAGGGAUAAGAGAUCUCAUGCACUUUGGCCUAUGCAUGUUUGUGUGGCGAGGAAGCCUACUGCAUGA